GUUGUUGCCCGUCAUGUGUCGAGCGCGUCACACCCCGAGCUACCUGCCUCUCUACCAGCGUGUUCACUGCAGUCUUGGACAAAUAACUUCUUCUGCAGCGUCAGCCAGAGCACAACAAGGGCAAUGGCCCAUCAACCCGGAGGCACGACAACAGAUGGUGAGCGUACGUCAUCAUCACCGCCCUCUGCCGGGUGGAUAAGGAACACAGAUCUCUACCGCGCAACCGGCGGACGCGAACUGAGCCAGGCGGAUCGUCACAAGGUUCUGCGCGAGCUCUCUCAGGAAUUGAGCACCGACGUACGAGAUCAACAACCCAUGACAGCUCUCCAGGAGGCUUUCUCCAUUCUCCUAUUCUUCUUGUUCCCCGGGUGCAUGGUUUGGGUUCCCUUCGCUCUCGCGGGGGUGGCGUGGGCGGCGCACCGGUACCUUCCGGCCGGGGGGGCGCUGCAGAUCUUGCUGGGCUUGGGGGCGGUGGCGCUCUUCUUCUGGCCGCUUCGCCACUGGCCGGCGUUCACGAGGACGUGGAUAACGCCUCACAUCUUCCGGUAUACAUCGUGCUGUUUCGCGUGGGAAGCUCCGCUGGAGGCUUCUGCGGGACCGUACUUUUUGUGUGCGCCACCUCAUGGCAUUUUACCGGUCGGCAACUUGGUGACCAUGAUCUCCUUCCCGUUGGUUUGGGGGUUCAGCUUCAAGGGGCUCACCACGGACGCUGCCUUGAGGCUUCCUCUGAUGCGCCACGUCAUGACCUGGAUCGGGUGCCAGAGCGCCGGGAGGGAGGAGGUCGCUCGCAGCGUGGGCGAGGGCUGGAGCGUCGGGCUUUGCCCGGGGGGCGUGGCGGAGAUCUUCGACAGCAACAACGACAACGAAGUGCUUUUCCUCAGGGCGAGGAAAGGAUUCGUCAAGCUGAGCCUGCGCAUGGGGACGACGCUGGUGCCCUGCUACACCUUCGGCAACACCCGCAUCUUUCGAUCGUGGCAGGACCCUUACGGCAUACUCAGGGCUUUGUCGCGGAAGCUGGGGUUCGGAUUGCUGCUGGUGUGGGGGCGAAUGCUUCUCCCGAUAAUCUUGCGGCAGCCCCUGCUAGUCGUGACUGGGCGGCCGAUCGUCGUUCCAAAGUCUGCAGGGGAGCCGACCCAGGCAGACAUCGACAAGUAUCACGACCUCUUCGUCGCGGAGUUGCGCCGCAUCUUCGACAAGUACAAGGGGCCGUACGGGUGGGGCGAAAAGGAGCUCAUCAUUCAAUGAAGGCACCCAUGCAGCAGGCGACGAGACAGGCCUAUCUGCAGAACGGCAAGUCGCGCCGCAUCUUGGAACCUUCGGCAAAAACAUGGACCGGCGGUGACGACGCUGUGGGCAAGCACUGAUGGCUAGAUUUGGGUGAUUAUGGAUCGACGGGUUGUAUGUCACGCAGAAUAUGGUUGUGUUCUAUCGGUGUUUUCGUGAGCGAGCGGUGCAAGUUUGAUGUUUUUUGUGUUGUUGGGCAAUUGUACAAAAGUAACUGGCUUCAGAGACAGGAGACUCUUGCCAUAAUCAAUUCAGAGACAGGAGACUCUUGCCAUAAUCAAAUGUUGAGUCCAAGUGAAGCCCUUUGUCAUAGAGGCCUCUUGAGUUCGUACACAAGCCAAGAGGUUGAUGUAUGAAGAUUGUGAAUUUCGUUUUCUUGAAGACUGUGGAAUUCAGUUUUCCCUUGAGAAGGUACGCCAUUUUUCGUCGGAGAAUGCCAUUUUUCGUCGAAGAAUCACGAACGAACGAAGACGAGAGCGUAUGUCACCUCAUGAGGGCGCAGUCAGUGGCUGUCGGUAUGAACCCAUCCUAACAAUAAGACAUUAUUUGUGAUCAUGAUAUUGAUGCAUCUCCUCAAACGAGAAAAGAAAUGAAUUUGUGGCACGGGCAUUAGGGAUGAAAAGUCGAGCUCAGCCAGGCAGAGAUUCCAAGAAGGAGGGUGGGAAGCCCACUUUUGUGCCCGAAAGUACGAGUUAAAAAACUACUUUCCGUGUGUCAUAGAUCGAGAUUAGACUAGUAGACUGUCGUUGUGUUACCUUCCAUCUCCAUCUUCUUGUGUGAUCCCGGCUCAUUAGUCAAGAAUAAACACAUGGAGGUAAAUAGUACUCAUUCUAGACUGGAGCCCAGACAGAGUAGAUGGGACGGGCACACACACGCGCGCAUACAAGGUAUCCUCCGCUAGCCGUUGUGUGUACGUGUGCGUAGCGUGCAGCAUACAUUUUCCUUGUGGUAGGUAGCGGUAGCGAUGAAGAUCAGCUAGACUAGUCGGAAUGAGUGGGCGGAUGGGGGAAACAAGAGUGUGUUGGGUGUCCCCUCUCUCCCUCACACAGGGUGCAGAGACGGGAAAUGGCCGGGAAAAAUGUGUGCUCCUUGACGCCGGAGAUGCAUCGAAUAAUAGCUGAUUGCGUAAACCCUGUAAUCGAGACCUCGGACACGUAAUGUUACUUGCGUCUGAGAGGGCAUGGAUACCAUUCUGAGAUUGGUAGUGUUCCCUUCUGGCGCUCCUAAGGACAAAGGAGGCCAUAUAGGUGGUAUUAUUGUUGUGGUAAGAAAAAAAGUCCAUGGAACGAGGCGCUUGUUGUGUGCUUGUCACCCGUACCUGCUACAGUCGAAGCUUGGAUGACGCAGGUGUAUAACCCCCGCCCCCCCUCCACGCGUCCUGUGUUGAUCUUUCUUUGCGGGACCCGGCGCUGUAUGUAUAUCCUAGUUGUAUGAGGU